AUGGGUUCCCCACCGAGGAUCGACGACGACGUGUCGCGAGCCGAGAAGCUCGGUGAGCCUGAGCCCAUGAAGCCCGAUAUUUACGAGGGAGAGAGCAUCGUGCUCGACGAGGCCGAGGUGUUCCUCAGGGCCAACAACAUCAGCGACGAGACCCUCCGAGACCUGCUGGCCGACGAGGCCAAUGUCCGCAAGGUCGUGCGCAAGGUCGACAUGCGGAUCCUCCCCUUGCUGGCCGUCACCUACGUCCUGCAGUACAUCGACAAGCUUGCUCUCGGCUACGCCGCCGUCUUCGACCUCUUCAGCGACACCAAGAUCAGCCAGAACCAGUACAGCUGGUUCGCCAGCAUGUUCUACCUGGCGUACCUCGUGGCCGAGUACCCCUGGACCGCCCUGGCGCAGCGCACGCGCAUGGCCAAGGUCGUGUCUGCCUGCGUGUUCGCCUGGGGCGCCGUCCUCAUGGCCACCGCCGCCUGCUCGGACUUCAGCGGCCUGGCGGCGUGCCGAUUCUUCCUGGGCGUCUUUGAGGCGCCCAUCACUCCCUGCUUCAUGAUGAUUGUGGGCAUGUGGUAUAUGCGUAGUGAGCAACCGUUCAGAGCGGGAGUUUUCUACAGUUGCAACGGCGUGGGAUCCAUGCUGGGUGGGCUCUUGUCCUACGGUAUGGGGCAGAUCAAGACAUUCCCGGUGUGGAAGUGCAUUUUCCUGCUCUGCGGUGGAAUCACCGUUAUCUGGGGCGCGGUACUGCUCGUCUUCCUCCCCGACGACAUCCUCAAGGCCAAGCACUUCACCGUCCACGAAAAGGCCACCCUCAUCGCCCGUACUCGAGCUGGCCAGACCGGCGUGCUGAACCGCCACAUCAAGUGGUACCAGGUCAAGGAGGCCCUGCUCGACCCGCAAGUAUGGCUUCUGACAUUCUUCGUCCUUCUUAACGAGGUCAUCAACGGUGGCAUGUCCAACUUUGGCAAGUUGAUCAUCAAGGGCCUCGUCAAGGACCCGCUCCAGACCACCGCGCUCGGCAUCCCCCAGGGCGCCUUCCAAGUCGUCUUCAUCCUGAGCGGCACCUACUUCGCCUCCCGCUUCCGCAACGCGCGCACGUGGGUCAUGAUGUUCUACAUGGUGCCGACCAUCAUCGGCACCUCGAUGGUCUGGAAGCUGGACCGCCAGCAGUACAAGGUCGGCGUGCUCAUCGGGUACUACCUCUGCGGCGGCUUCGUGUCCGCGCUCGUCGUCGCCCUGCAGAUGCCCGCGUCCAACCUCGGAGGCUACACGAAGCGCGUCACCGGCACGGCGGUGGUCUUCGCGGCCUACUGCAUCGGCAACAUCAUCGGCCCCCACGCUUUCCUCGGACGGGAGUCCCCGACGUACCCGACUGGCUGCAUCGUGAUCCUGGCCUGCUCGGUCAGCCAGGUCCUCAUCGCUAUUGCCCUCCGUGUGUUGCUAGUCUACAGGAACAAGAAGAGGGACGAAGCCGAGGCGGCCAACCCUUCCCCCGAAGUGAUUGACGGCCAUGAGGCAGUCACGGACCUGACUGAUCUCGAGAAUCCUCGCUUCCGUUACGCGAUUUAG